ACAAGAAAUCCUAAUGCUCUCCUAGAUUUCAUCCAAAUCUUUCUUCUCCGCCACCCAAGAGAUUUAGAUUUUUACUUCUGUGAUGAAGAAUCCCGUGAUGAAUUGUUUUAUCUUCACUUUCAUCAACCACAACGUUUCAGUUACAGAUUCAUCGUUCUUAACCCUUUCUUACCUUCAUCAACCACGAUUUAGUCUUAAAAUGCGAUUUUCUCUUUUGCAAGGCGGUCUACAUGCGAUUGCCAGUAUAAAUAGUUAGCUUGCUGCAAUUAUGUGACGCCGGGAAUGUCAAACGUGGUAGGGACAUCUUCCUCGCCGAUUUAAAGAUCUUAUUUGAAGCUAGGUUUUUAAAUCGAAAUGAAUCAAUUUGAUUAUAUCGAAUUGAUUUUCAUUUGAUGAUUAUAUAGAACCUGUGUUGAAUCGAAUUGAGGCAAAUUGAUUAUACCGAAUCUGGGUUUAAUUCAAUUGAUUCAAUUUCGUAGGUGGGUUGAAUCAAAUUAAUGCAAAGAUUUUCAUCUUUAUAAUGUUCUGAAACGACAACCUUUAAAAAAAAACAUUCUUCUGUUAUUGUCAGAAUAUAAAUUUUUUGUUUGUUUAACUCUGAGCAAAACAAUGAACUCUGAGCAAAACAACAGCACAAGCUUCCCACCAACUGAGCCAGAACUCUGCGACAAUAGAUGCGGUUUCUUUGUGUCUUCCAACAUGAACCUCUGUUCCAAAUGCUACAGAAUUCUCCGAGCCGAGGAAGAUCUAACCGCUGUAGCAAAAUCUGCUGUCAAGAACUCACUUAAGCUUCCAUCUUGCAGUCUCAUUAUCACACCAGAGCAAAAACAGCCUCUUGAAACCGAACCAGCCUCUGUUGUUGUAACCGCUGAGCCGUCAUCAGCUCCUAUAGCCACGGGACAGGAGGAGGCAGAGCCGUCGAAACCUGCACGGACUAACAGGUGUUUCAGCUGUAACAAGAAGGCUGGGGUUAUGGGGUUUAAGUGCAAAUGCGGUAGCACGUUCUGCAGAAGCCAUAGGUGCCCAGAGAAGCACGAGUGUAGCUUCAAUUUCAAAGAAGUUGGACGUGAUGUAAUCGCAAAGGCCAAUCCUGUGAUCAAGGCGGAUAAAGUCGAAAGGAUAUGAAAAAAAACAAACCUUUUCUUUUUAUAAAGUAAUUUGGGGUCUCCAUCUUUCGUAAGAUCUCUAUCUAUCAGUUAAUUAUAAUCAAUAUAUUCUUAUAUUACUAUGGUGUUGUUUGUACAAGAGGGAGGAGAUACCACAUUGACUCUUUUUUAUAUUUGUUGCUACAGAUUAUUGUUUUUUUUUUC